AUGCUACCAUACGUUGCCUAUAAGUACGUGAAAAAUAAACGAGAAGCCACUAAGCGUGAAAUGGAUUCGACUUUGGAAUCAAUCACUUCGAACUUGUCACGCUCCAUGAUUCCAGACCAGGCUGUUGGUGUAUUCAUUGAGUGGGCACCACGCGAGGAGAACGGAUUAACGUACGGUCCAGACACGUCUGGAUGGGUUUUGGCUGAAGACGGUGGCGAGACAACGACUCUUCAUUCUCCAUCGAACAGUCCAGAACGAGCGGCUGGUGAAUUAAUGAAUAGGCUCGCGUUUUCUCUGGAUGUCAAUGAUUUGAGCAGUUUCAGAAGCAUUGAGCCUAAAAAGGGGCAAGGUCAUCCUUACAUACGCUUGAUCUGUAAGGAUGGCAGCAGUUUUACGCCUUUGUACUUUACCACGGAGUCCACAGUGGGAUUCGUCGAUGUUCUUCAGAGAUACAUCACUCUACGUAGAUCGGCUCGUGAACCAAAUCUUGUCCUAGUUGUCGAUGGAAAAACAGAGGCUCUCGCUCAAAGCGUAAUCGCUCUAGGGCAGAAUGAUGAUGUCUUAUCGCGUUUCAUGAAAAACCCUUAUGCAACUGCAUUGACAGGUUUCGGAAAGAUAACUUCUUUCAUGCAAGAGCAGAUGAUUCCUGCUCUUCUGGAUUCGGAUGAGGUGAGCCAGGAAGAGCAGAUACGUGCUAUGCGCGAACUUUAUCAAAGAGAAGAUGAUGCCUCAAAGCUUCGGGUAAAUUUGGAUGCCAACUCAGAAUUCGAGCUUGUCACACAGCUUGAGCUUCCUCCUCGUCCCGAAAUUUACAGAGAGUCACCGGUUACUCAGGAGAUCUGGGAUAAAUUCAAAAUGGCAGAUGGAACCGUCGAUCAACAGAACAUUCAUCACUUGAAAAUGAACGUUUUUAGAGGAGGUUUGGAUCCGGAUUUGCGAAAGGAGGCAUGGAAGUAUCUGCUUGGUUACAGAGCUUGGGAUGAGACAAACAGUCAGUUUGAUAAGAAACGAGCAAAGCUGGCUAAAGAGUACGAAAGAUUGAAAGCUCAGUGGUUGUCAAUCAGUGAAGAUCAAGAGUCGCGUUUUUUCAGCUACAGCCAGCGAAAGGGUCUUGUAGAAAAAGACGUUGCACGUACCGACCGAUCAAUGGAGUUCUUCAGCGGAGAUGAAAAUCCGAAUCUGGUGAUGUUACACAAUAUUCUGAUGACUUAUGUCAUGUACAAUUUCGACCUUGGUUAUGUCCAAGGAAUGAGCGAUUUUGCAUCACCACUACUUUACGUAAUGGGUAACGAAGUAGAUGCGUUCUGGUGUUUCGUGGAACUAAUGAAGAAAAUUCAACGGAACUUUGAAAAAGAUCAAGCUGCCAUCAAGCUCCAGAUGUAUCAACUGCGUGAUCUUGUGAUGAUUGUGAACCCACAACUGGCGAAUUAUUUAGAAAGUCAUCAAUCAGAUGAUAUGUAUUUCUGUUUCCGUUGGGUUCUUGUAUGGUUCAAGCGUGAACUCUCGUUCGCAGAUACAUGCAAGCUGUGGGAGGUGCUAUGGACAGGCCAACCAUGCCCCAAUUUCUUACUCUUAAUUUGCGUUGCUAUCCUCGACGGAGAAAUGAAUACAAUCAUCGCCAACAAAUUUGGACUUACUGAAAUUUUGAAGCAUGUAAACGACCUAUCAAUGCAUUUGGUGCUAGAUGAUGUGAUGACAGCUGCUGAAGCGAUUUUCCAUCAGCUUUCUGCAAGUCAGGAUAAGCUACCGACUCACAUCUGUGAAUAUCUUAAUCUUGGUGAAUCGGCGAAUAUUUAG